ACAACACAACACUUCGUGUUUCUUUCUUCGGUCUCUCGUUGCAACACUUCCAACUCAUCCUCUUCCUCGUUUUCUCCGUCUUGAUUCAUUUUUAACUCAUUCCUUUGGAUCUCUCAUAUUGCUAUAUCGAAAUGGCUACGUCUUUCUCUGCCACGCUUCCUCUCCAUGGAUCUCAAGAGAGUCGUCUCUCACUUACCCCGAUCCGAUUGGCUCCUCCUUCUUCUUUCCUCGGAUCCACCCGUUCUCUCUCCAUUCCUUCUUCUCGCAGCAGACUCUAUCACGCUCACGCCGCUCGUCGAUCUCCCGUCGUUGGCGUCCAGGAAGUCGUCAAGGACAAGAAAAUCACCAACAGCCUGUUGAUAACCAAAGAGGAAGGAUUGGAGCUUUACGAAGACAUGAUACUCGGUAGAUCAUUCGAGGACAUGUGUGCUCAAAUGUACUACCGAGGAAAGAUGUUUGGUUUCGUCCACCUGUACAACGGCCAAGAAGCUGUCUCCACCGGCUUCAUCAAGCUCCUCACUCAGUCCGAUUCCGUCGUCAGCACGUACCGUGACCAUGUCCACGCCCUCAGCAAAGGCGUCUCCGCUCGCGCCGUCAUGAGCGAGCUCUUCGGGAAAGUCACCGGCUGCUGCAGAGGCCAAGGUGGAUCCAUGCACAUGUUCUCCAAAGAGCACAACAUGCUCGGCGGGUUCGCUUUUAUCGGCGAAGGCAUCCCUGUCGCCACCGGUGCUGCGUUCACCUCCAAGUACAAGAGGGAAGUCUUGAAACAGGAUUGUGAUGACGUGACUGUGGCGUUCUUCGGAGACGGGACUUGUAACAACGGGCAGUUCUACGAGUGUCUCAACAUGGCUGCGCUUUAUAAGUUGCCUAUUAUCUUCGUCGUUGAGAAUAACUUGUGGGCCAUCGGGAUGUCUCAUUUGAGAUCCACUUCUGAUCCUGAGAUAUGGAAGAAAGGACCUGCGUUUGGGAUGCCGGGUGUUCAUGUUGACGGUAUGGAUGUGUUGAAGGUGAGGGAAGUGGCGAAAGAGGCGGUGACGAGAGCUAGAAGAGGAGAAGGUCCGACCUUGGUGGAGUGUGAGACUUACAGGUUCAGAGGACACUCCUUGGCUGAUCCUGAUGAGCUCCGUGAUGCUGCUGAGAAAGCAAAGUACGCGGCUAGAGAUCCGAUCACAGCACUGAAGAAGUACUUGAUGGAGAACAAGCUAGCGAACGAAGGGGAGCUUAAAACGAUAGAGAAGAAGAUAGACGAGUUGGUGGAGGAAGCGGUGGAGUUUGCAGACGCGAGUCCGCAGCCAGGUCGAAGUCAGUUGCUAGAGAACGUGUUUGCUGAUCCCAAAGGGUUUGGAAUAGGACCUGAUGGACGUUACAGAUGUGAGGAUCCCAAGUUUACUGAAGGCACUGCUCAAGUCUGAAACAAAAUGACUUCUGCUAUCUUUGGCUUCUGUUUAAUGUUUUUUUUUACUUGUCAUUAAGUUAAAAAUGCUACAGAGACACAGUUUGGAUAUCGUAUGAAUUUUUUUCUUUCGUUUUGUUGAAAAAUUGCUAAAUUUACAAAAAAAGUUGUUGUGUUCUU